AUGCGUUUCUUCGCUGUCGUCGCUGGUCUCGCCGCUGUUGCGGCCGCGCAGUACGGUGCUGAGGCUCAGGCACCUCAGGAGUCUUGCGCUGCUCCCGUCACUGUCACUGUGACAAAGACCAUGGGCCACACUCCCUCACCCCCCAGCGUCGCCACCUCGUCAGGCACAGCUCCCUACCCCACGAACCCUCCCGUGGUCUCGCCUCCCGUUCCGGUUGGCACUGGAAUCCCAACUUCUGCUAACACACCCCUCGGUGGUGUAUCUCGUCCCACUGGAACCGGUGCGAGCAUGCCUCCUAUUCCUGAGUUCACGGGUGCGGCGAGCAGUGUCAGGGUUGGGGGCUUGGUAGCUGGUGUUGGAGCUGUUGUCGCGCUGAUGAUGUAG